AUGACUGAAAUCUUCUGGUACGCUCAUCCACUUUUCCUCCUUGUGCCUCUAACUUAUGCAAUGUGGGCAGCCAAUGAUGAAAAAAUAGCAUUCAACGAGCAAAUUCAGAGAUUCCCGGAGAUUGCCUCUUUCCUCACAAGCCCGAAUAUUUGGAUUCUCGAAAAACCAGUGAUUACUAUAUUUGUGGCUGCUGUAAUAAUCUACCCAUCGCUUUUUGGAGGAGUGCUUUUCGGCUUGCUCAUCUUUACCAAUCACAUUCUGACGCAACAACGAAAUUUCAUGAGCCCUCGUACUUUACAUCUUCACAAGAAGUGGACCCGGAAUCUCAACCUUCAAGUUAUUCCAUUUUCGCCUCAUUCUUCUUUGCUUGCCAUUCAACAAUUGGUACCAUCAUUCAAU